GUGCGUCUCGGUUUCCUGUCUUAUAUAGUUCCCCUCCUUUGUGAGAACAGCGGCCGGUGCAGACCACUGGUUACCAGCUCCCUCUUGUGAAGUGACGCUCUUCCUUCGUUUGCUGUGUUAAAUAAAUAAUUCACAAUUAGAAUGGCCAACCAAAUCAAGCUGUUGACUGUAAACACUGACUCCAAAGUCAUGAACAAGGUGGUGAAGGCGCUGGGCUUCAAAGUACUGCUGCUGGCCGCGGGGUGGCUGGUGAGGUACGCCUUUGAGGCGGCGCGCGUCUCCCGCAGCCUCCAGCACACCGUCGGCGCCUGGCACGACGCGGGGCCGCACACCACGAGUGUCGGGCAGGUGCGCCAGCUCCUGGCCGACCUCUGGGUGCUGGCCGCCCCGCGGGACCCCCUCAGGGAGUGCGGCGUCCUUGCCGGCCAAGACGGCUGGUGGACGGUGUUCUGGGGCCUGAGGAAGGCGGGGGAGCGCCUCGCCUGCCUUCAGCAGAGCGUGGCGCUGGCCCACGAAGAGCACGAGGCCUUCACAAGCAAUCUUGUGCUGGUCUGUGUGCUGCUCUUCAUGGGCCUUGCGGGUUGGGCGCUGUGUGCGCUGCGGGGCGCGCGGCGACCACGGGAAACGGUGGCCGCCGCGGGUACUGCAGCGUGCAUGGCGGGCCCAGAUGUGGAAGAGGAGUUUGCCUCGGCCGAGGAGGAGUUGGAGGAGUAUGCCUCGGCUGAGGAGGAGUUGGAGGAGGAGUAUGCCUCGGCUGAGGAGGAGUAUGCCUCGGCUGAGGAGAAGUUGAUGGAGGAGGAGGAGUAUGCCUCGGCUGAGGAAAGGGAGGAGGAGGGGGAAUAUGCCUCGGCUGAGGAGGAGGAGGUGGAAAAGGUGGAGUUUGCCUUGGCUGAGGAGGAUGAGGAGGAGUUCUCCUCAGCUGAGGAGAAGGAGGAGGAGAAGAAGGAGAUAGAGUUUGCCUCCACUCUGGAGGAGAAGAAGCAGCCUGAGGUCGCCACUGAAGUUGACACGAAGUUGAACGAAGGUGCAUCCUGCACAGAAGAGAUGGCGAACUUGGCGGCUGUUCUGGAAGGCGAAGAUUCACGCCCAUCAGAGGACCCAUUGGAGGACAAGGUCGAGGACCGUCAGGAGGACGUGCCUGACAGCCUCAGCGACGCAUCCCAUCCGCCUCGUCCCACCCAGAAAAACAAGGAAGUGGUGGCCAAGACCUGGGCUGAGGAGGUGGACGACGCCUUCCCUAUCCCCGAAGAGUGCCUGCAGCACUACGGCCCCGACGAGUGGUCGCUGGCGACCGGCCACAAGAGGAACCGAAGGAAGCACAAAGACGCGGCGGGCCAGCAGGACGACACCGAGACUCGGUGCAGGGACUCAGGCACUCAGACACCACCUUCAGGCACACAGAGACGCCCUUCAGGAACACAGGGACGCCCUUCAGGCACACAGUGCCGCCCUUCAGGAACACAGUCCCUACCUGCAGGGACUCGGUUCCAGGGUCCUAAGAGUCAAGGCCGCCCUUCAGGCGCGCGCAGAAGACAUCGUAAGCGCGCAUCAGGCACGCUGGGACAGGGAGUGUCACCAAGAGCCCAGACUUACACUGUGGCGCCCCAGCCCGCGCCCCUCACCCGGUGCUUGGCCGAGGUGGUGAAGGCGCCCAGGCCUGAGGCGGCGGCGGGGACACCCUGCCAUCCUCACACCCAGGCCCGCCCUUCAGGCACACAGACGCGCCUUGCAAGUGGUCAGGCCCGCCCUCCAGGGACUCAGGCCCGCCCUGCAUGUGGCAAGGCCCUCCCUUCGGGAACUCAGGCCCGCCCUGCAAACGGCCAGGUCCUCCCUCUAGAGACUCGGACCCGCCCUUCAGGUACGCGUAGAAGGCAUCGUAAGCGCGGAUCAGGCACACUGGCCCAGCGAGUGUGUCCACGGGUCCAGACUUACACAGCGGCGCCCCAGCCCGCGCCCCUCACCCGGUGCUGGGCCGCGGUGGUGAAGGCGCCCAGGCCCGAGGCGGCGGUGACACCCUGCCCCCCUGACACCCAUGCCUUCUCUUCAGGCAACCAGGCCCGCCUGUCAGGCAAACAGGCCCUCUCUUCAGGCAACCAGGCCCCCCAAUCAGGCAACAAGGCCCAUUCUUCAGGUAACCAGGCCCGCCAAUCAGGCAACAAGACCCAUUCUUCAGGCAACCAGGGCCGCCAAUCAGGCAACAAGACCUAUUCUUCAGGCAACCAGGCCCGCCAAUCAGGCAACAAGACCCAUUCUUCAGGCAACCAGGGCCGCCAAUCAGGGAACAAGACCUAUUCUUCAGGCAACCAGGCCCGCCAAUCAGGCAACAAGACCUAUUCUUCAGGCAACCAGGCCCGCCAAUCAGGCAACAAGACCUAUUCUUCAGGCAACCAGGGCCGCCAAUCAGGCAACAAGACCUAUUCUUCAGGCAACCAGGCCCGCCAAUCAGGCAACAAGACCUAUUCUUCAGGCAACCAGGCCCGCCAAUCAGGCAACAAGACCUAUUCUUCAGGCAACCAGGCCCGCCAAUCAGGCAACAAGACCUAUUCUUCAGGCAACCAGGCCCGCCAAUCAGGCAACAAGACCUAUUCUUCAGGCAACCAGGCCCGCCAAUCAGGCAGCAAGACCUAUUCUUCAGGCAACCAGGCCCGCCAAUCAGGCAACAAGACCUAUUCUUCAGGCAACCAGGCCCGCCAAUCAGGCAACAAGACCUAUUCUUCAGGCAACCAGGCCCGCCAAUCAGGCAACAAGACCCAUUCUUCAGGCAACCAGGCCCGCCAAUCAGGCAACAAGACCCAUUCUUCAGGCAACCAGGCCCGCCAUACUGGAAACCAGGCCCGCUAUUCUGGAAACCAGGCCCAUUCUUCAGGGUGGAGUCCGCCCGCUACACACCCCAGCAGGACGCUCAGCACCCUCGCCCGGGCACUCCACACCCUACAUAACUUCCCGGCCUGCACCUCCAACACCCUCCACGGCCUGCACCUCCAGCACUCACCACCACUCCAGCCUGCACCUCCACCUCCAACACCCUCCCCGGCCUGCACCUCCAGCACUCACCACCUCCCCAGCCUGCACCUCCAUCUCCAACACCCUCGCCGGCCUGCACCUCCAGCACUCACCACCUCCCCAGCCUGCACCUCCAUCUCCAACACCCUCCCCGGCCUGCACCUCCACCUCCAACACCCUCCCCGGCCUGCACCUCCACCUCCAAUACCCUCCCAGGCCUGCACCUCCUCAGCCUGCACCUCCAGCACUCACUACCUCUCCACCAGGGUCGCCGCACAUGCUCCCGCCAUCACCUUUAACCUAUGGACAGCAACCAAGAAAACGCCAAAGAUUCAGCUCCUCGCCAUUUUACCACUUUAG